UGGGGCUUCCCUUCCCUGGACCAUGGAUCCGUCCAGCUGGAGCUCGUCGCUGCCCAGCUUCUCUCCGCUGCUGCAGCCCGGCAGCUUUCGGGAAAGACUCAACCACACCUACACCCUCCGCAGCUCCACCCUGCUGCCCCCCGCCGCCAGCUCCCCGCCGGCCUCCCUCCCUCACCGCUUACCCUCUCUGCCGCCCUCCUCCGUCAUCUCCUCGCCUUUGUUCUCCACCGCCUCGGCCGCUCGGCAGACGGCCGCCGCGCUCCACCAGCCCUCCUCCUCCUCCGCCUCCUCCCCCGCCGCCUCCUCCUCCUCCUCCUCCUCCGCCGCCUUCCCUUUGUCCCCCUCUGCCUUUUUCGGCGGCGACCUGGCCGACCUGGAGAGCAUGCUGCUCUGGACCCUCCACGAGCCCGGCACCAUCGCCCUGACCGCCAUGUACUGCCUGUCGUUCCUCCUGGGCUUCGUGGGGAACCUCAUGUCCCUGCGCGUCCUCACCGCCAGGCGGAGCCGGCGGCUGGCCGGCGUGAGCGCCACGCGCAACCUCCUGGUGAACUUGGCCGUGUGCGACCUGGCGGUGGUGUGCGUGUGCAUGCCCAUCACCCUGGGCAGCCAGAUCUACAGCGCCUGGGUCUACGGCGACCUCCUGUGCCGGGCGGUGCCCUUCACGCAGGCCGUCUCCGUCUCGGCCAGCGUGCUGACGCUGACCGUGAUCAGCGUGAACCGCUACUACAGCGUGCGCUCGCCGCUGCGAGCUCGCUCCAUGUUCACCCGCCGCCGCAUCUUGGCCACCGUGGCGGUGGUGUGGGCGGUGUCUUCGGUCAUGUGCGCCCCCAUCGCGGUGAUGAACCGCCGGCGCAGGAUCAGCUUCGGGACCUUCGCCAUCCUGGUCUGCGAGGAGCGGUGGCCUCAGCAUCGCCUCAAGCAGGGAUACAACGUGCUGCUCUUCGUGAUGCUCUACUGCCUGCCGGUGACCUUCAACCUCACCAUCGGCUUCCUGACCGGCAGGCGGCUGUGGGGGGGCCGGAAGUCCGCCUUCGCCGACCUGGACCCGCGCAGCGAGGCCCUGCACGCCUCGCGCCUCAAGACGCGGCAGAAGAUCGCCAGGAUGGUGGUGUGCCUGGUGCUGCUGUUCGCGGCGUCCUGGCUGCCGCUCUACCUGGUCGACCUGUGGAUCGACUGCGAGGAGCCGCCGCCGUCCUGGCUCCUGCACACGCGCCCCUUCGCCCAGUGGCUGGGCCUGACCAACUCCAGCCUCAACCCCAUCUGCUACUGCUUCAUCGGGGACCUGUACCGCUCGGCCAAGGUGAUACGCACGCGCUACUACCAGAAGGUCGCCGCGCUGUUCGGCACCGCCUCCUUCUCCAGCUCGGCCGCCGCCGCGUCGCCCGGCUCGGCGGCGGCGUCCGCCGUCCCCAGGCUGCUGAGGUUGGCGGCGGGCCGGCGCCUGGGGCAGAGGGUGGCCGACGGCUCGGACAGCCGCGCGGGCUCCCAGCACAGCAUCUCGGACUGGUGCCGCUCCAGCCCCGGCGCGUGCGGGGGCGGCGGCUCGCCGUCCCCCCGCCGGCUGCGCGCGGGGCCCCCGCCCGCCAGGAGACACUCGGCCCACGGGGGCGUGGGGUCGCUGCCUUUGAGGGCGGCGUCGGUGGAAAUAGACGUGCUGCCGCUGAGGAGGCACUCGGGGGGCAGGGUUUGCGGGGACGCUCUUUGUCACGGGGGCGGAGCGUCGCAGGCCUACUUCCCGGGGGGGGGCGGGGAGAAGGAGACCACCGAGGUGACCAGCCUGUGAGACCCGGGGUUAAACUCUCCGGGUCUGUGUCCACGUUUUUCACGGAUGGGUUCAGGUUACACGGAGAGUCGUA